GCGUCACUGGCGGGCGGGAUCCCUCCGCUCUGGGGAGCGCAGCGCUGGACGGCCGGCCGGGGGCCUGAGGAAUCCAUCCGCGCCGCCGCCGCCGCCGCCGCCGCCGCCUCCGCCGCGGAGGAAGACACUCCGGCCGCGCUGCGCCGCGAGACCCUCCGCAGAGUCUCACCGCCACAGGCCUCGGGCCAGCGGCGAGGAGCUGCCUCCCCCAGCCCCCAUCCCGCGGCCCCCCGCCGCCCCCAACCCCGCCCCACGGGCCCGGCGCCAUGAGUGAGCUGGAGCAACUGAGACAGGAGGCCGAGCAGCUCCGGAACCAGAUCCGGGAUGCCCGAAAAGCAUGUGGGGAUUCCACACUGACCCAGAUCACAGCUGGGCUGGACCCAGUGGGGCGAAUCCAAAUGAGGACCCGGAGGACCCUCCGCGGGCACUUGGCCAAGAUCUACGCCAUGCACUGGGGCACAGACUCAAGGCUGCUGGUCAGCGCCUCCCAGGACGGGAAGCUCAUCAUCUGGGACAGCUACACCACCAACAAGGUGCACGCCAUCCCACUACGAUCCUCCUGGGUCAUGACCUGUGCCUACGCGCCCUCAGGGAACUUCGUGGCCUGCGGGGGUCUGGACAACAUUUGCUCGAUCUACAGCCUCAAGACCCGCGAGGGCAACGUCCGGGUCAGCCGGGAGCUGCCAGGCCACACCGGGUACCUGUCCUGCUGCCGAUUCCUGGAUGACAAUCAGAUCAUCACCAGCUCUGGGGACACCACCUGUGCUCUGUGGGACAUUGAAACGGGCCAGCAGACAGUGGGUUUCGCGGGACAUAGCGGGGACGUGAUGUCGCUGUCACUGGCCCCCGAUGGUCGCACCUUUGUGUCGGGUGCCUGUGACGCCUCCAUCAAGCUAUGGGACGUGCGGGACUCCAUGUGCCGGCAGACCUUCAUUGGCCACGAGUCAGACAUCAAUGCAGUGGCCUUCUUCCCCAAUGGCUAUGCCUUUACCACGGGCUCCGACGAUGCCACCUGCCGCCUGUUCGACUUGCGUGCAGACCAGGAACUGCUCAUGUACUCUCACGACAACAUCAUCUGCGGCAUCACCUCGGUGGCCUUUUCCCGCAGCGGCCGCCUGCUGCUCGCUGGCUAUGACGACUUCAACUGCAACAUCUGGGAUGCCAUGAAGGGCGACCGUGCAGGUGUACUCGCAGGCCAUGACAACCGCGUGAGCUGCCUCGGGGUCACCGAUGAUGGCAUGGCUGUGGCCACUGGCUCCUGGGACUCCUUCCUCAAGAUCUGGAACUAACCACCCCAACCCGCCGGGCCCAGGCUAGGAGGGGCCCAGCCCAUGCCCACACUACAGGCCAGGAGCCCUGGCCGGGGUACGCCGAGUCCCCCCAGGCCACGGGGCCUUGGGUCCCUGCUCCCCCACCCAGGUUUGGUUCCUCCCGAGGCCCCCACUGUGGAAAUGAAGAUGGGGAAGGGUUGGGGGGUGAGGAGGGGCAGAACGCCGCGUCCUUCUGCUGCCCUGGGGUUGGGCCUCAUCCCUCUGGAGGGCCAGAGGCAGGAGGGAGACACUCCAGGGGCGGGCUUUUUUAAAAACUGGUUUUGUUUUAAUUUUUAUUAUAUUUUCAGUUUUUCCAUAAAGGAACCAAUUCCACCUCUGUA